GUGCAUUUCACAUUAUUCUAUGCGGAAAAUACAUGAUAAAAUAAAAAAAAGUAAUUUUUUUUUACAUCCGCAGAACCCAAUCUGAAGUUUUAAUGUUGUAGUGGAGAGAGCGUGUAUCCUGAUGGCCCAUUACCUAUGUCGCCUAAAUUGCCACCACAGAACAAUUACCUUUUCUGAACCACACACAAAAACGCUUUUAAGCUGUGCUUAAAAAAAAUGGAACAUCUAACCCAUUGCGCAAUUAUCCAUCAUUCCACAUAUUGAUUCUAAAAUAUAUAAGCACAUCGUUUUCCCGAUUUCCCGUUUCAACUUUCAAUUGCAAUCAUCAUUUUCUUUAUAUUUCACUUUAUACCCCAGAUACACUAAUAGAUUUUAUACACAUAUACACAUACAAUGACUGCCACUUAUACCAGAUUCACAAACUGUCAUUUGAUUGAUAAUGGUCAAUUGUACGAAUUCACCGAUCUUUAUUACAAUAAUCAAACCAAGAAGAUAUCACAUCCACCUUCAAACCCUCAAUUAGUCACUCAAACAAUUGAUUUGCAUGAACAAAUCCUUGCUCCUGGUUAUAUUGAUAUUCAAAAUAACGGUAUCUACGGAUUGAACUAUUCCAACUUGAAUGGUGGAUACACGGAAAAGGAUAUUCAAGAAUUCAAGAACUUCUAUCAAGACGCCAUGGCUAAGUACUUAACCACGGGUGUUACUGCCACUUGUCCAACCGUUACCUCCAACUUCCCACAAGUUUAUGAAAAGGUUUUACCAUUUUAUAAGAAAUCAAGAUUAGACAAUCAAACUGAUUCCUUAGGUGCUCACUUGGAAGGUCCAUUCAUUAAUAUUAAGAAGAAGGGUUGUCAUCCAGUUGAAACUUUUGUUGAUGCUAAGGACGGUGAAAGCAAAUUAAUUGAAAUUUAUGGUGGUGAUGCAUCCUUGUUAGAAAAUGUCUGUAUAAUCACUGGUGCCCCAGAAAUUCCAGGAAUAUUAGAUGUUAUUCCUUCCAUUGUUGAAAGAAACAUUAUAUUCUCUAUUGGUCACACCAUGUCUGAUUAUAAAACUGGUUGCAAAGCUAUUGACAAUGGUGCUACCAUGAUCACCCAUUUGUACAAUGCCAUGCCACAACCACAUCAUCGUGAUGCAGGUGUUGUUGGUUUAAUCAAUUCCCCUGUUGUUGGUGAUGACAAGACUCCAUAUUUCGGUAUAAUUUGUGAUGGUGUUCAUGUUGAUCCUGCAAUGGCCAACUUAGCAUAUAGAUCAAAUCCAAACAAGUGUGUCUUGGUUACUGAUGCCAUGCACUUGAUGGGAUUACCAGAUGGUACUUAUAAGUGGGAUGCCCAAGUCAUUGUCAAGACUGGUGAUAGAUUAUACUUGGAAAAUACUGAUACCUUAGCUGGUGCUGCCACUACCUUACCACAAUGUGUUCGUAAUUUAAUUCAAUGGUCCAAGAUUUCAUUACCACAAGCAGUUAAGACUGUCACUAAUAAUGCUGCUGUUUCCUUAGGUUUACAGAAGGAACGUGGAUUCUUGAAUAUUGGCUGUGAUGCUGAUUUCGUGGUUUUGGAUAAAGCUGGUUAUGUCCAAAAGAUUUACAAAUUGGGUAAUGAAAUUAAAUCUUCUGAUGUUAAAUUGGAAACCAAGAUUGCUAGAGAUGAAAAGAUUUCUGCUGUCUUGUAAGUUUUGUAUAGUUUUUUUUAAUAUACUGAGUAUUU